GGGGGCAGCAGCAACUGCAGGACGCCCUAUCGCAAGCAGCAGUCUCUGGUCCCGGCCCAUCCCAUGGCCCCACCCAGUCCCAGCACCACCAGCAGUAAUAACAAUAGUAGCAGCAGUAGCAACUCGGGAUGGGAUCAGCUAAGCAAAACGAACCUCUACAUCCGAGGACUGCCUCCGAACACCACCGACCAGGACCUGGUGAAGCUCUGCCAACCAUAUGGGAAAAUAGUCUCUACAAAGGCAAUUUUGGAUAAGACAACGAACAAAUGCAAAGGGUAUGGUUUUGUGGACUUCGACAGUCCUGCAGCGGCUCAGAAAGCUGUGUCUGCCCUGAAGGCCAGUGGGGUUCAAGCGCAAAUGGCAAAGCAACAGGAACAAGAUCCCACCAACCUGUAUAUUUCUAAUUUGCCACUGUCCAUGGAUGAGCAAGAACUUGAAAAUAUGCUCAAACCGUAUGGACAAGUUAUUUCUACAAGGAUACUACGUGAUUCCAAUGGCACAAGUCGUGGUGUCGGCUUUGCUAGGAUGGAAUCAACCGAAAAAUGCGAAGCAGUUAUUGGUCAUUUUAAUGGAAAAUUCAUUAAGACACCACCAGGAGUUUCUGCUCCUACAGAGCCUUUAUUAUGUAAGUUCGCGGAUGGAGGACAGAAGAAGAGGCAGAACCCCAACAAAUAUAUCCCUAAUGGAAGACCAUGGCAUAGAGAAGGAGAGGCUGGAAUGACACUUACUUAUGACCCAGCUACAGCUGCUAUCCAGAACGGAUUUUAUCCUUCACCAUACAGUAUUGCUACAAACCGAAUGAUCACUCAAACUUCUAUAACACCCUAUAUUGCAUCUCCUGUAUCUGCCUACCAGGUGGCAAAGGAAACCAGAGAAAACAAGUAUCGGGGCUCUGCUAUCAAGGUGCAAAGUCCUUCUUGGAUGCAACCUCAACCAUAUAUCCUACAGCACCCUGGUGCCGUGUUAACUCCCUCGAUGGAGCACACUAUGUCACUACAGCCUGCAUCUAUGAUCAGCCCUCUGGCCCAGCAGAUGAGUCAUCUGUCACUAGGCAGCACCGGAACUUACAUGCCUGCAACAUCAGCUAUGCAAGGAGCCUACUUGCCGCAGUACGCACACAUGCAGACGACAGCAGUUCCUGUCGAGGAAGCCAGUGGUCAGCAGCAGGUGGCUGUAGAGACGUCUAAUGACCAUUCUCCAUAUACCUUUCAACCCAAUAAGUAACUGUGAGAUGUACAGAAGGGUGUUCUUACAUGAAGAAGGGUGUGAAGGCUGAACAAUCAUGGAUUUUUCUGAUCAAUUGUGCUUUAGGAAAUUAUUGACAGUUUUGCACAGGUUCUUGAAAACGUUAUUUAUAAUGAAAAUCAACUAAAACUAUUUUUGCUAUAAGUUCUAUAAGGUGCAUAAAACCCUUAAAUUCAUCUAGUAGCUGUUCCCCUGAACAGGUUUAUUUUAGUAAAAAAAAAACAAAAAAACAAAAAAAAA